AUGGGGACUCAAAAAGUGGCCGACGACGAUUUUAACGUUUUGCAGUUCGAAAAGCAACUUCUCAACUUAAAGGAUUCUCAAGAAGCAAUAAAUACUUGUUGUCAAUGGUGUUUGCAAAACAGAACUCACCAUAAGAAGAUAGUCAAUUCAUGGCUGAAUGUUUUAAAGCGAGUAAAAGUUGAACAGAGACUGGUUUUAUUUUAUUUAGCCAAUGAUGUAGUUCAGUAUUCCAAACGAAAAAAUUUCGACUUCGUCGAAAGCUGGGGCACUGCCUUGCAAAAGGCAACGACUAUGGUUAGGGACGAGAAGGUUAAACACAAAAUACUUAGAAUAUUCAAAAUAUGGGAACAAAGGGGUGUUUACAAUGAGGAAUUUAUAUCAGAUUUGUGCGGUCUUUUAAGCGUUCUUCCCAGUGCCCCGAAAAAUGACGAACCGCACGAGUUUCAACCUAGUUAUGUUGUUACUAAAAUUAAGACAUGUUCGAAGCUAGAAAAAGAUACUGAUACUAAAUUGAAGCUGCUCAAUGAGCACAAUCCUAAAAUACAGAUUGGUGAUGGAUUAAUAGGAUCUUUAAAAGAUCGUGUACAUGUAGACGAUGUAGAAAAAGAAAUAGAAGUCUAUAUUAAACACAUGGAAGAUUACAUUAAUGCUUUAAAGUUAGAAAUAAAAAACCGAAUAACUCUUAUAAGUGUACUAAAACAGGCGGAAACGCAACUCGAAGCCGAUAGAAAAGAUGUUAAAGUGGUCGCUAACGCUUAUAAAAUGUUUGGCACUCGUGUUAAAACCUUUCAAAGGAAAUUAGAAGAACACAGAGAAUCAUUAAAUAGUCCAAUACCUUCUCCUGACAUCAAUGCGCCUUCACCAAGUCCUGAUUCGGAUAUAGACUUACCUGAAGAACCUAAUAUUAAAAGUGCACUGUCCAAUAAAUCAGCUUCUAACAACUAUAAUCCAAAAGUGGAUUUGCAAUUCAGUUCAAAUUACUAUACACCAGUUACAUCGGCUGUAAACGAUAGCAGUAUCGAUGUUGGCAGUAGCACGUUCUUAAGUGCCAAUGGUUUUUCUAGUUUUAUAGGAUCAGAGACUUUUAAUUUAGAGAAUUUCAAUAGCAGCUUGUUUAGUAACGUUAGCAAUUUUACGAAUUCAAACGAUUCGAUAACCGAGCAAACGUACACCCCUCCGAAACGAUCGUCUCAGAAUCCUCCGUUGCCCGUGGAAGCGCCUUCGACUCAACCUUCGUUCGGUUACGAUCCUAGUCACGUGCCGCUGUUGCCGCCUCCGAUGCCGCCCUUUUCGAAAGCGGAGGAUGAUUUCGGUCGAUCGGGGAGCUACGAGGCUACUUACACCAGCAACUCGGAACCUGCAAUACCUUUCAAAGAUAGUUAUGAAUCGUCUUUGAAUUCGAAUCGGUAUCAACCUAAUGACGAGUAUAAUCCAGAAGAUGAUGUAACGACGUGGGAACCGGACGGUUCCUGGAACAGUAUUCCACCAGUUCCUGAUACAGAAGAUUCCGUGAGCAGCAGUCUUGGAACGAAAGAUGUGGAUCACAGAAAUCUCAUAAGUUUAACAGGAUCACCAGGACAAUCGAAUUCCCAAAAUUCCGCCACCGACUCCCUUUGGAAUCAAUCCGAUCAGGAUUACAGGAUACCUCCUCAAGCGAAUCCGUCUUUGAACCUUCCCGCACCACCAAUUAGUUCGAUGGACCAGGAUUACAGGAUCGGCUUCAGCAUUAACCAGCUCAAGUUGCCUCCACCGCCGCCGCCGCCUCCGAAGUUCCACGAUCACAAGCACCGAGACUCCCUGCACGUUGAAUCGCCGGAGAACAUCGAUAUGGAUCUCAGCGAUGAGGAUAGCAGACAGCACAAGCAUGACAAUCUCAAGGUUAUUAUCGACGGUCAUAAGAACAAUAAACAAUCACAAUUUAUGUUGGAGCCUCCGCCCCCGCUUCCAGAACUCCCCGAAGACGACGCUAAUAAUAUAUUCGACGAUCUCAGUAACGACUUCGAUAACGACGAAGAUAAACCCGAUGCACCGUUGCUUCUACCGCCGCCUCCUCUGUUGAAUUUCAAUAACCUAAUGGGUCCGCCGAUAAUGCCGCACAUGAAUACUUCGAUGCUGCCGCCUCCGCUCCUUCAGCCGCCGCCCAUGAUUCCGGGCAGGCCUUUGGCGGGUCCGAAUUCUUGGAUGGCGGAGGAAGAGCGCAGCGAAAUGAUUAAUCAAAGGCUGAACGAAGAGAGUCAAUGGGCGGAAGAUAUGGAUCAUUCGCAGAAUAAUUGGGGCGGUCCGCAGCCGCUCAUGUCGUUUAACGACUUUGGAGGAUUUCGAGGGCGGAACGGCGCGAGGGGGAAUUUCAAUAACAGAGGUAAUAAAGGUCGAAAUCGGAAUAAGAAUCAAAAUCGAGGGAACGGGAAUUUCAGAGGUAACAGGGGCGGUAACCGGGGGUUCUUUCACAGAGGCAAUUUUAGGGGGGCGUUCCAAAGAGGUGGUUUUUGA